AUGGAUGACGCAAGUGUGCUGGAGCUUAUACUUGAAGGAAAGGAGAACCCGACCAAUCUGUCAUUGGCACUGUUACAGAAAAUCACCAAUGAUUUCUCCGAAGAGAGAAAGAUUGGUCAGGGUGGAUUAGGGGAGGUUUACAAGAGGAUUGUAAACCCAAUUGAUGACCAGCAAUUUAAUCGUGAGUUUAAGAUCCUAACAAAGAUUGAUCAUCAAAAUGUAGUCAGGUUUCUUGGCUUCUGUUCUAAUUCGUAUCAGAUACCUACAAAAGAGGCUCAAUCAGAAGAAAUUAAUUUGGCCAGCGUAAAAGCAAAAUUGUUCUGUUUUGAGUAUAUCAGCAAAGGAAGCCUUGAUCAGCAUAUUAGUGAUGAAUUAAGGGGAUUUGAUUGGGAAACACGUUAUGAAAUCAUCAUGGGAAUCUGCCAGGGUCUGUGUUAUCUUCACAAUGAAAAAAAUAUUAUUCAUAUGGACCUUAAACCAGCAAACAUAUUACUAGGUGAUAAAAUGGUUCCAAAACUAACGGAUUUUGGUUUGUCAAGACCAAAUAAAAACUCACGUACUAUGGCACAACCUAUUGGAACACGAGGAUAUAUCGCUCCAGAAUACGAAAAAGAUGGAGCAAUUUCCUUCAAGGCUGACAUAUAUAGUUUGGGUGCCAUAAGCAUAGAAUUGGUAAUGGGGUGUAAGGGCGUCCCUCACAAAAAUAAUAUAUAUUGCACAUGGGUGGAUAGUUUUUUUAUGGUGGCGAGUUGA